AUGUUGUCAAGGUCAUUUCUCGCAAUGGAUAUUUAUGCAAAGCUUGUAUUCUCAAUCUUGGAGGGAUCAAGCAAACCUUUUCUUCUCUCCAAGACUCUAGCAGUUACUGUCAUAUUUAUUGUAAAAGAUGCAGAGAAGAAGAAGAUGUUGAUUGGAUUUGCCAAUGCAUUUCGUGCUCUCCUACCCCUCAAAGCUCCUGGAUUCAAUUUUUCUUGGCUUGAGUUGGAUAGUCACAGGAUCCUCAUGCCAAAAAUGUUGAUUGGUAAUUUUCAAAAGACCACCAUAAAUGCAACAACACCAGCAUAUGCAAUCGGAACAACAACAACUUCCAUAACUGCAACAGUCGCAACAGCUUUCCCAGCUUCAACACAAAAUUCCACAAAUCUAGCAAAAUCACUAGCCUUUGUCUCUCAAACAACAGAUAGAAAAUUUCAAAAAAAGAGUUCAUGA